AUGCGUAAAGUGUGCAAUGAACUGAAGAAGAAGAAAGAUUACAGGGACACCUUCCUGUACGACUUUAAGCAGCCAUCUCAGGAUUCCCAUGAUGGCACAAUAUAUGAAAUUCUGAGGCUCAGGCGGUUUGAGAGGGGGGAAGAGUCCAGUGAAGAACUGGGGAAGGAUGAGAGUGAGUUGGAGACAGAAAACGAAGGGGAGGAUGAGCCAGAAGAGGAUGAAUCCCCAGAGAUGGAAGAUGAGAAUUUGGAGGUAACCAGUGAUAUGAUGAAGCAGGCUGAUGAAAAGAAAAAGGGGGCUUUUGAUGCAGUGGGAAGAGGUGAAUUUCAAAAAGCUGUUCAGCUCUUCACUGAUGCCAUCAAACUGAACCCAUGACUUAGUACUUUGUAUGUCAGCCAAGCCAGUGUCUUUGUACAGUUGCAAAAGCCAAAUGCUGCCAUCAGAGACUGUGAGAAAGCCAUAAAAAUCGACCUGAAUUCUGCACAGCUGUACAAGUGGAGAGGGAAGCAUUGGCUCCUGGGUUGCUGGCAGCAGGCUGCCAAGGACCUUGCACUGUCCUGCCAGCUGGAUUAUGAUGAAGAUACCAAUAACAUGUUGAACGAGGUUCACAGAAGAGUCCAGAAAAUUGCCAGGCACCAAAAAAAGUAUGAGGAGACACAAAACACAAAGCAAUCAUUGGAUGCAUUGCCAAGGGUGGGGAAAUCCAUGGCAGAAGAGGAGAGAGAUCAGCUUCUGAUUUCUCAAGAAAAGGAAGAAGCACAGUUUCAGAAUGCCCAGGAGCAUGAACAGGUUCACCUUUGGACCUCCCAGGAACCUGAUAAUGGCUGUUGCAGGGAAUCUGAAGAGCAAAAGCAAUAUCCAGUAGAAAAGAAUAAGUUUUACAUAGAAUGUCCAUGUAGAGCUGAGGGGGAGGAAGAGCCCAGUGGAGAAUCAAAGACUGAGGACAGUGAACUCAAUACUGAAAAUGAAGAAUUGGCUGAAGAGGCUGAAGAUCUUCAGAAAAUAGGGGACGACAACCAAGAUAGCAAAACAGACCAUUGAAAAGGAAAGGGAAGCCUUUCAUGCACUGAGAGCAGGUGAAUUUCACAGAACUGUUGAGUUGUUCAUUGAUGCCAUCAGGUUCAACCCACAACUUGCAGUCUUAUAUGUAAGCUGAGCCAGUGUCUACCUGAGGUUGCUGAAACCAAUAGCUGCCAUUAGGGACUGUGACAAAGCAAUAAAAAUCGACCUUGGUU